UUUUUUUUGAGUUGAUGACCUGGAUGAAAAAAAGCCUCCGGAAACUUCUCUCACCAUAAUCCAGAGCCAGAUUGGAGCGUUGUUGUACAAGCUUAAUUUAUUUAUUGAAGCCGAUCCUAAGCUCCUCAGCCUCGCUCCUCCUUCCCCCUUGAUGGGCUGGAGUUAUAUUCGAACGCGAAGGUUCGGUCUCUGCAUGCAAUAUUUGCAAAUUGGCGGAUUCAUACUUUGUAGAUUCCUCGAUCACGAGUAGGAUGUCAUCUUCAUCGUUGUCGCCGUUAGCUUUGAAGGCAAGUCGCGGGCCGAAGAAGGAGUCGACCAGUCUUGUUUCAUCUUGUUCUACUACUACUACCAAGUCGACCAAGACGAGCUCGACGAGUAUUAAGGGAAAGAAGCAAAGGAAGAAGCAGAAGCAGAAGAGUGUUAGUGCAGGCGCCGACGAUCAGGUCUAUUGGGACCCUCCACAGCAAUCGCAGAUCGUCCGAUCGAUAGACCAACUCAGACUCCACUCGCCCACCCAUCAUGGCUCGACCGGUGCUCUCACCAAGACACGCGAAUCUACCGACACUGCUGCCCACCCGGCUCAUCCGCCGCUCCGAACGCCCUCUCGCACGGACGAGCCGCGUACCAUCGCGUCCGUGAUCCCGGAAACGGGCAAGACAAAUUCAACCGAGCCUGAUCCGCCGGCUGAGGGCCAUCACGAUGUGGCCAAGGAGGACGUUCGGAAGCGCAAGAGGACUAACAGUACGACUACGACGACUACUACUACUACUACCACUAUGGAUCAGGCCCGGUCUAGCCCAUCAUCCUCGUCCUCAUCCCGACCACCAUCUCGAUCGGAUCAUCAACACACCCCUCCUUCGAAGAAUACCCCGAUCCUCUGCCAAUGGAACCUUCGCGAGACCGGCCGCUUGAUGAGCAAGUUCAUGGCCCAGAAAAACGCGAUCCCCGAACCCAAAUAUCUGGUCCCCGUACCCAAGAAACCUAGAUCUAGAUCUUCUCACCCUAAGAAAUACUCCAAGAAAGCCUCGCUCGCGAAUCGGUUCAGGCAUCGUCUGCCGGCCGCCUCCUCUUCUAAACCUUCAUCUAGUAAACCUGCUCGAUCGUCCUAACUCAUUCUCUUCUCUUGUCUCCUCACCCCCUAUCGAGAGUACAACUUGAAUUUUAAAAAAAAAAUCUAGAAAGUUUGUAAUAGCCCCUUCUAAAAAAUCAUUCGCACAAAUUGAAAACCGAAAGAUGGGCUCGUUUUAAGCGUGUUGUAUACCCCUUGUAAACUUCUAUACUUUGAUGCCAAGAUGAUGAUGAUGUUUUUGUUGCUUUUUUUUCGCGGACUCGUUUUAUUCCUGCUUGAUUCUUCAUUUUUUUAUUAUUAUUAUAUUCUUGCUUACUUGAUUUCAACUCUCCAAUUCUUGUGCUCUGUUAACUUGUUCUUGAAUCCCUUGAAUCUUCCGCCCUUUUACCUCGAUCUUUUUCCUUCUCUCACAUGGACACAAACCCCAAUAAAAAAAAUCGGAAAAAUGGACAAAAGAACAAAAAAAAAACAAUGGUACUCGGACUUUGUUUGUUAAAUUUGUUUUGUCUAGUGAGAUUCUUGUUGCGAU